GUCUUCUUCAUGAACAAGCAGAAAACCAAUUUCUAUGGUAUUUGGGAAAAUCAUGAAUUUCAUGCAAUUUCGUAGGAUUUCAACUUUAUUGGAUUCUGCGGCGAAGACCCCUAAUUUUGGGAAUUCAAAUAGAAGGAAUUGGAAUCCAAUUCCAUUACCCCACGGAACCCUUCUUCAACCACAAGGUCAAGACCUUGAUUUUGUGAAUGUAGCUCACAGUCAUCUUGUACACUCUGAUUGGGCUAAGCUCCACAAGCUAGCAUUAGGUCUUACACCCUUCAGAGUGAAGCACAUAUUGCUGAGGAUCCAAAGAGACUAUGUCCUUUCACUUGAAUUCUUCAAAUGGGUUGAACUCCAAAACCCCAGUUCCCACACCCUCGUCACCCAUUCCAUGAUUAUUCAUAUUCUCACUAAACACUGUAAAUUCAAGUCUGCAGAAUCCAUUUUGAGGAAACUUCUUGAGUCGGGUUCAAUUGAUUUGCCUUAUUAUGGAUUUUUGCCUAUGGUUGAGUCGUGCAAUGCAUAUAUGAGUUCAUUGAGUAGCUUAAAUCGGGUAGAUAUUGCAUUGGCAUUUUAUAGGGAAAUGAGGCGGUCUCAGAUUUCACCUAAUGUUCAUACUCUUAAUAUGGUUACUGGUGCUUAUUGUAAGUUGGGGAAACUAGAAAAAGCUGUUGAGGUAUUUGGGGAGAUGAAGAUUCUGGGUUUUAGCCCUACAGUUGCUACUUAUAAUAUCUUGGUUGCUGGAUACUGUAAUCAGGGUCUUUUGAGCUCUGGUUUGAAGCUUAAAAGUAUGAUGGAGAAAAAUGGAGUCUGCCCAAAUCAUAUUACCUAUAAUACACUUAUCCAUGGAUUCUGCAAGGCAGGGAAAUUACAUGAAGCUAACAAGCUUUUUAGCGAGAUGAAAGGCAUUGAUGUGGCUCCGAAUGUCAUAACUUAUAACACCUUGAUCAAUGGGUACAGCCAAGUUGGUAACACUGGGAUGGGUGGUCGGCUUUUUGAGGAAAUGUCAAUGAAUGGAGUUAAGGCUGAUAUCUUGACUUAUAAUGCCUUGAUUUUGGGACUGUGCAAGGAAGGAAAAACCAAGAAAGCUGCAUAUCUGGUUAAGGAGCUUGAUAAGGAGAACCUAGUCCCAAACUCCUCAACCUUUUCUGCCCUUAUUAGCGGGCAGUGUGCAAGGAAGAAUGCUGAUCGUGCUUUUCAGCUAUAUAAAAGUAUGAUAAGUAGUGGAUGUCAUCCAAAUGAAUCGACUUUGAAGAUGUUGAUAACCACCUUCUGCAAAAAUGAGGAUUAUUGUGGAGCACUAGAUGUCUUGCGAGAGAUGUUAGAAAGAUCUAUGGCUCCUGAUUUAGGUAUCUUAUCUGAGCUUUGUGAUGGACUUCGACAAUCUGGAAAAGUGGAACUGGUAAUGGGGCUAUGCAACGAUAUAGAAGCUAGACACCUUAUGCCAGAAGGCUUUGAAAAAGAUAAAAGCAUCAGCUCUCGACCUAAUGUUGAAAAUCAAGAAAAUGUUGAAGUUUCAGCAGUACAACAUUCAUGUUUUGCUGAGCAGGAAUUUCUUCCUUGA